AUGGAAAAGGAAGAGGAAGAACGACAAGCACUGCUCAAGACCAUGUCUCGUACGGAGCGCCGGCACGAGAGAAUAGCCAGCUUCAAGGCAAGCUCUGGCCAUGGCAACAACAGCAACUCGCCGGGCCAGAUUAGGCAAGAACAAUCCGCAGCUGCAAUGACCGCCAGCCUGGUGGAGGACGGCGUCCUGUUCCGACCCGGGCCGACGGCGAUCAGACUCCGGACGGCGAAGCAGAUGCAGCUGGCAGUCGCCCGCCGGAGACGAGGCAGCAAUGGCGACGGCAGCGGUGGCAACGGAGUUGAUACCACGGACUACCACUUGUCUUCGGGGACCGGCGGAGAAGCAGGGGAAGGGGGAACGGCACAGGGGCUUCAUCCCUCGUCAACGAUGACAGCGGGAGGACCCCUGGUGGUUAAGAGGAGAGCGUACGGCAGCGACGGCACCGCGGCUGCGGCAGCCCGCGCGGGGGGGCUAGUACUCGAGGUCAAUCGAACCGGGGGUGGCGGCGGCGGCGGCCGCGGCGGCGGGCGGAGGCGCAGCGUGCCGAGGGCAGGGGAAGGGCGACCAAACAUGAUCUUUACGCCCUCUCUGGCGCCCAUCGGGAUGGAGUCCGUCCGGUCGUGUCCCAUGAGCUUGGGGAGCGGGGGGUUAGGUCAGACGAGCUCGGUGAGGUGGGCGCCAGAAACGAUGGAAUCUGCUGUUACCACGGAAGACUCGCUGGGGGAGGGAGGGGAGGAAGGGGUGUCGGAAGCCUUGCGCGACACCCGAACGGUGUGA